AUAUAUAUAUAUGUAUACAAUCAUAAAACAUAACAUAAAAGGGAGCUACAUCAUGGAUCCAAAGGGAAUAAACCUUGGGCGUUCACUCUUGAUUCCUAGCGUACAAGAACUGGCUAAGGAAUCGUUAACAGAGGUUCCACAUCGAUAUAUACGUGCAAAUCAAGAUGCUUCAGUCGUAUCAUCAUUGCCACAAGUACCCAUCAUCAAUAUGGAGAAUCUAUCAUCCACCGAUUCAAAAGAUUAUGAACUAGAAAAGCUGCACCUUGCUUGUAAAGAUUGGGGUUUCUUUCAGUUGAUAAAUCAUGGCGUGAGUUGUUCCCUUCUCGAGAAAGUGAAGCAAGAAACACAAGAAUUCUUCAAUAUGCCGAUGGAAGAGAAGAAAAAGUAUUGGCAACAAGCCGGAGAUGUUGAAGGAUUUGGGCAAGCGUUCGUUGUGUCAGAUGAGCAAAAGCUUGAUUGGGCUGACAUAUUUUUCUUGAUCACCCUUCCUACUGAUCUCAGGAAACCGCACUUGCUUCCUAACCUACCUCUUCCAUUCAGAGAUACCAUAGAAGAAUACUCGAUGGAAGUUAAAAAGGCUGCUUUCAAAACCCUGGUGUUCAUUGCAAAAGCCUUAAAUAUGGAGGUUGAGGAGAUGAAGGUAUUGUUCAAGGAUGGAAUGCAAUCAAUGAGGAUGAAUUAUUAUCCACCAUGUCCACAACCUAACCAAGUCAUUGGUCUCACCCCUCACUCGGAUGCUGUUGGGAUCACCUUUCUUCUCCAACUCAAUCAAGUAGAAGGUCUCCAGAUUAAAAAGGAUGGACAAUGGAUACCAGUUAAACCACUUGACGAUGCUUUCAUUGUUAAUAUUGGGGACGUGUUGCAGAUGGUAACUAAUGGAGCAUAUAAAAGCAUUGAACAUAGGGCAAUUGUGAACUCCGAGAAGAAGAGGUUAUCAAUAGCCACAUUUCUAAGCCCAAAUAUGGAUGGGGAUUUUGGCCCGGCACCAAGCCUCAUCACUCCCGAGACACCAGCAAGAUUUACAAGUGUAACUCUUGUUGAUUUCUUAAAGAACUUAUUUUCGAGGGAACUCAAGGGAAAAACUAUCAUCGACGACUAUCGUAUAUGAUGUACAAUGAACCCAAGAUAUGGUCACUUAUAUUACCAUAAGCUACUUUUAUCAUAUAAAAAAUACGAUUCAUAAUAUACAAUACUUAUACGUUUUUGUCUC